CCUAGGUACCCACCACUUAAGAGCCCUUCAUUUAAAAUGGGUCCUCCUCCGCCCCGCGAAACGCGCUUCGCAUUCAUCCAGGCGCGUCUUCGCAUCUGUCACUUAUUACACAGAGCGAUGUCAUGUAAUUCUCCGCCAAGAGCCAUACUUAUCGCACACUACACUCGAGAAAUCAAGUGUUCUCGCGUUUUAGAGUCCGUAUCCCCUUGAACACCACAAUUGGCGCUGCCACGAUGCUGUCCGCUUCGUCCCCUGUGCUCUACCCAGCCAGCUCCUCUCCCCCGCCGGGACCAGCAAAACGCGCAAAGCCACACGUCAAUCCGAAUCCCCGGCCUCGUACAAAAUCUGGCUUUCUUCUCGACGACGACUCUGAAGAUGAGGAGGUAGUAGAAGAGCCUGCGGCCAAGAGGCGAAUGCUCAGCACCCCCGAGGAACAUGCCGCCGUAGAACCUGCCCGACCGACAUCACCACAAAAGAUAAGCUCGAUCUUGCUUAACGAUGCCACCCGGAGUACGGGUGAAGGGAAUGAAACCCAGUCAUCUGCAUUGGAUUUUCUGUUUAGUUCCAGCAACGCGGCGUCAAUAUUCGACAAGCUGCCUUGUCGCCAUGGGCCAAACAACUUAAAGAUUACGACAUGUUCAGGCAAGACCAUUGACAUAAGACAACGGAAGGCGACCACCCAUGUCCCCUACGAGCAGAUGAUUGCGGCCAGGUCGAAGACGAAGGAAGGUCGGGCGAGGAAAAGCUACUACGGCAUCGACAUCCACCAACUAAUCCAGGGUGCUUCCAAGGAGCUCGCCAAUCCACCCCAAAAUCCCGACCCUGUGCCCGACGAGCCGAUGCCUUCCGUAGAAGUAGGGAAGAAGCCGAAGAAGACGCUCCUGUGGACCGAGAAGUACCGAGCCAAGAAUUUCGUCGACCUCGUCGGCGACGACCUCACAAAUCGCCAGGUGUUGCGGUGGCUGAAGAGAUGGGACCCGGUCGUCUUCCCAGGACAGGCGAAGUCCAGGUCAAUGGCAAGGCACACGGGCCCGAACGAAGAGGAGAAGCCGCACCGGAAGAUAUUAAUGCUCGCCGGCCCGCCUGGGUUGGGGAAGACCACGCUCGCGCACGUCUGCGCGAGGCAAGCCGGCUACGAGGUGAUGGAGAUCAACGCCAGCGACGACCGGGGCCGAGACGUCGUACACAACCGGAUCCGUACCAGCUUGGGCACGGAGAACGUCAAGACAGUGCAGCAGCACCAGAAGACCCAGGGAGAACAUCGGCAGAAAGUCGCACGCCCGGUGUGCGUGGUCGUAGAUGAGGUUGACGGCGUCGUGACCGGCUCUGGCGGAACCGGAGAGGGCGGCUUUAUCAAAGCGCUAGUAGACCUAAUUACGAUCGGAGAAAAGAACGCGUCAGGGCAAGAGGCAGCGGCUCAAAGCGCCGGGCGGCGUAAGCGGAAGUCUGACGACUUCCGCCAGAUGCGGCCGCUCAUCUUAAUCUGCAACGACCUUUACCACCCGUCGCUGCGACCACUCCGCCAGUCGAACCUGGCCGAGAUCAUCCACGUCGGUAAGCCCACCAUCGACGCGGUCGUGACCCGCCUCAAGACCGUUUUCGAGAAGGAAGGGAUUCCCUGCGAAAUGGACGCGGCCCGGAAGCUGUGUGAAGCGGCGUGGGGUAUGAGCAGCGGGAUCGACGCGAAGAAGGGCGCCGAGAGCACGGCGGAGGGAGACUUGCGAGGCGUCAUGGUCGUCGGCGAAUGGGUCGCCGGCCGCAUCCGAUCCGCAACCCCUCGAGGCACGCCCUGUCUAACCCGGCAAUGGGUUGAAAAGAACGUCGUCCGUGAUCUGUCGCACGGCGGCGGUGGCGCCAGGGGCGUGGGACGGGGCAACGUCAAGGACAUCGUCACGCGGGUCUUCCAGGACGGCGCCGGAUUUCCGAAGGAUAACCUGCACAUCGCGGCGCCGUCGACUACGAUUUUCCGGAACGAGCAGCCGCAGGCGCAACUAGGGUUCUCGGAGCAGCAGAAGAAAUACGGCACGGAGCGGCUGCGGGAGAUGAUCGAGACCAGCGGCGACGCGGACCGGGUGCUGACCGAGGUCUUCCUCCAGUACCCGAAUCACGAGUUCAACGACGACUCCUUCCUCACCAAGCCCGACAGCGCGUACGAGUGGAUGCACUUCCACGACGCGUGCUCGGCGCGGCUGUUCGGCAGCCAGGCGUGGGAGCUGGCGCCCUAUCUCUGCCUGCCCGUGCUCGCCUGCCACCACCUGUUCGCGUCGCCCGUCCGGCGCGCCAACGCGGGCUACGACAGGAGAUGGGGCGGCGGUGACGCCGAGGACGCCGCGCCGCCUUUACCCUUCUCGGGACCGCGGGCGGACUUCCUGGCGCGCGAGACCGAGAAAGAGAACCGAGCAGUGCUGCAGGCGAUGCAGGCGCAGCUGCCACCGACGCUGAUGCGGUCCCUGCGCAGCCCCGAGGACAUCUCGGCCGAGUUCCUACCAUUCCUCGUGCGCCUCGUGUCGCCGGACGUGAAGCCGGUCGUCGUCGGAGGCAGUGGGGACCAGUGGGGAACAGCGAGCGUUCGUCGCGACACCGAGAAGGCUAUGGUGCGCCGCGCCGCCGACAUCCUCGCCGAGGUCGGCAUCGAGCUCCAGCGCGGCAAGAUCGAGAGCGAGUCCCCGUUCAGCAGGGGGUCGCAGUGGGUGUACCGCAUGGAACCCGACCUCGACAUCCUCGCCACGUUCGACACCCUGGCGGCCGUCGCCCACGGGACGCUGGCGCCGACGCGGUACGCCGUGCGCCAGGUACUCGACCAGGAGCUGCAAAAGACGAAGCUCCAGCGCGAGCGGCAGGCGGCGCAGGCGCGGUUCCACGCCGGCGACGAUGCGGCGCUCGCCCUCAGGGACAAGAAGAACGCGGUCGCGACGCCGGCGAAGGGGCUGCCGGUGCUGCCGGCGCUCAGCGGGGUCAAGAAGGACUUCUUCGGGCGCAUCAUCCCGACGAACGUGGCGCUCCGCGAGACUGACGGGAACGGCAGGCCCGGGAGCAGCGCCCGCGCCGACGAGGGAAAGGCCGGGGCCAAGGUAUGGGUCACGUUCCACGAGGGCUUGAACAAUGCGGUCCGGAAGCCGAUCACGCUCGACGAGCUCCUGAGAGGAUUGUGAAUCGGGGCGGGCGUGCGCGUAAGGGCCGCGCAGGAUGUCUUUUACGUUGACUCGACUGCCCACCUACGUCGAUAGCGUGGGUGCGGGUGAUCAACCGACGCAUGGUUGUAGAGUAAGGGAUGGGGGAGCACAUUGUACUUAUCAUGUCCACGGCGUCCUAGGUCGACGCAGGCGCAACAGUAUCUGCCCACGGGCGAUAAUAACGCAGACCCAUCGUUUCCCAUGAUAUAAUGAAGA